AUCCUCGAAGUGUUGUGCAAUCAAAGAAACCGAAGCCAAUUUUCUCAGUUAUCAUGCAACAAUUGUUUUGACCCCAUGGCAUGAAAUUCGUAGACAAUUAGUUUCUUAGUCUGGAUUUCAGUUCUUUUGACUGAUAGUUUAUUUAACGACCCUUGCACAGAAAUGCCAAGGGAAAUUUUCUUAGAUGUUCUCUUACAUCAGAACUAUUCGCUCCGAAGUGUUAUCAAGAGUUCAUUAAGCCCUUUUCGAGCUAAUAAUGCAAAUGCAAAUAAUUCAAUGAGGUCCAAGUUAAUUGUGUUCAAGCCAAAAUUGACAGAUUAUUUGUUUUUGACAAUCUGGCCAUGACUUGCAUUGUUACCCAGCAACAGUUCAGUACAGUGAAAAGUCGCACAUACCGUGACAAUAAAAUACUUCGCAAUCUGUUCUCCACUUUCGCCGUGUUAUGGCUUACAAAGCAAGCCGUUUAUGUACGUUACAAGACGUACAGGACAUAUGGAGGCCUUGUACUUCCCAAGUGGAUGGUUUGCAAAAGUUUAACCUCAACACUGUCACAGUAGCCUUCGAUAGCAACAAGAUCAACCAAGUUCCACACAGCCCUCCCAAGUGUAUUCCAGUGGAGCAGCUUGGAACAUUUGAGGGAGAGGCUUCAAAAAUGGAUUGUAGUACUCCAAUGACAGCAGUAAGUGACAUUCGUCAAAACGUCAGCGCCUACCGUGGUUACGUGACAUCAUCUAACACAUGCGCAGUAGACGACACUCGAUCCGUCCACUCAAACUCAGAGGGUUCACCUGACAGGGUUUCGCGGACAAAUAUCUUAUCGCGCAUGGCAAAAACUAAAGCAUCUUGGGUGGAAAACCAGAAGCCUCCUGAGAAUCUGCCGGAAGGAAAGAGUCCCAUACUCUGCAAGGGGAGGCCGCUUGGGAGUUCCUUACUGACACCAUACAUGGAAAACAAGUUGUUAACGGAUAGAGGUACGAAAGGGGUUCGCUACGGAAAGAAAUUUGAUCUAUUGCCGAUUUCGAAAUAUUUGACACAGUACCGGCACGAGAGUAAGUUUCGGAACGAAAAAAACUUGCCCCUUGUUCGAAUAAGUUCUUAUCACACAAUGUGUGGCUGCUUGGACGGUUUUGGAUCCUGGGAUUGCUCAGACGGGGAAGAGCAAGAUGACAAGCAAACAGCAACCUUCUUUACCACAAAGGACGUAUUCAGACCUUUCCACUCGAGGUUGUCACCCACGAAGGGUGAAGCCUUAUAUGUUGAGCCUGUACAGGGCAAGUUAAACACUGGCUUUAUAGAUGACAUCAGAUUGCCAAGACUUCAAGACAGCAGCGGAAAUGAAACCUUUUUCACUGAACCAAACAGACACUACAGAGUGAGCCAGAGCAGAUUUAAAACAAGGAGAAAUGUUUCUUUUCCUGUUAUAGUCAAUUAAGAUCAGGGACGCCCUCUUGUCUAAUAUCGCUGUACGACAGCAAAAACCGUGUUUUCAGAAGAAAACUGAGAGUGAUUUGAAGCAGGUAGCUUGUGAACGAUCCGUGAAAUACUUCCUGUGUUUUCAUUGGUCAUAAAGGAACAAGGAGAAGUUAGGUGAGUCCAAACGGCAGCCAGGGAAGGUGGUAAGGUAAGGCUGGAAGAGGCCCUCGAGACUCCCUUCAGAAACGGCUCAAGAGUGAAUUCGGCAUCGCACCAGACUUUGUCUUUAAUGAAACAGCUGAAUGAAAUGUCUUGUUUUAUUUACCAAAUAAAUAAGCCAAGUGCACAAACUCGAAGACAUCAUGUUGUCACGCUUUUCAGAUCGAAAGCCUGAAAAUGGCAGAGAGUGUAACCUAAGUGAUUAUGCAAUCAAAGUUGUUAAAUAUUGAAUACACUUGAAUACAAUUCCAUCAGUUUGGUGUUGUUUACUUUCAGCAGGCCCUUUACUAGGUAUUUCCGUGGACCAUAAAAGCUGCUUUCUUGGCAAAUCAAGUUCUAAAAAAAGUUUCAGUUGAUCAUUCAUUUGACCGCAAAUGCACGCUUGUGAAAAUGAUUACUGUUGCCAUAGUUAUUGCGAAAUCUAAUGGAUUUGUAAAUUACAUCGUAGGCCUUAUGCGUAUGGCUAACCAGAAAAAUGAACAUGCAUAUGAGAAAGCGCUUGAUCUCAUAAAAUCUGCGCAUGACACGAGUAGGCAGACGCAACACAUGUUAUUAGACUGGUUGAAGUUAGCUUAAAAUACUAAAUAACAAAAGGUAGCACUAUGCUCAGUUUACAAUAAUGACUAGCAAUCGUGGCCAACUGCAAGUGGGCUAUUCGGAAAAUAGAAAGACUUCCGUAUUUCCAUUGGGACAUCGAUACACGAUUGCGAUUUUGGGGGAAAGAUAAAAGCCAUGCAAACACACAGUUUUUCCAAUGGUGUCGAUUUGUAGCCCUACCAAUUCAAGAAAAAUAGAACGUGGCCGUUACUUCAGUGAGGUAACGAAGGUAAGGGUAGUGCGCAGUAUUAUUUCUUUUUUGGGGGGUAGCAGGUGAAAUUCGCAGUAGGAACCGUUGACUUUAUACACAACAAACUGCUUCCAUUACGUUGGAUGUUUUGUACAUCUAUAUGGAUGAAUACCGCAACAGAAGAUCAUACAGAUAUUACGACAGGUUCAGAGUUUGCACACACCCUUUUAGAAAACGAAAUCAAUCAAAAAGGCAAAACAAAUACUGCACGAUACUCUCGUUGUCUAUGUUCAGUUUCUCAUAUUUUUAAAUACACCACAAUGAAUUAUGAAAAGGAGUCCAGUUAUAGUGCAAACCCUUUUAAAAAAAUGUUCUCUGCACGCAAAACAUCUUCACUGAGAUGAUUCAGCUGCACCGCUCUUUCUAUCGGAUGCCGAACGACAUUGUAUUCUGAGUGACGGGCCAUUAUUUUUUUUUUGAGGAGGGUGCGGGAGUGGGUGGCGAUUUUUUGGACACGAUUUUUUUUCGCACGUUUAGGUUACGCAUGAUUUUUUGGUUGGCAAAACCUUGCAUACAACUUGAAAUUUGAUUUGAAUAAUCAGGAUUAAGUAGGGGAAAAAACUGUACUCUCCUGACGUCAAACGCUUGUUAACGGGAAAGGCAUUGAAGUCAGACAUCUAUUCUCACUGGUGACAGCAUUCACGACUCUGAAAAGGAUUUAUAAUUCCAAACGUCAUGUCAGAUUGUAAAAAGUGAAAGAAACGGAUCAUUUUGUGUCUCCAAGCUUUUAAUUUGGCGCCGAAAUUGGGUCUGUCGUGUUGGGCAACUCGCUCUUCGAUCGCUGUCGCCAGGUAGGAUAAAAGUUGUGUCAUUUUGAAAAAAAUAUGUCAAAUUAAACCCAGAAUGCUCGAGUUAAGCAUUAGAAGUAGCCAAGGCAGCUUAGAAAUGUCUAUAUUUUUUGUUAGUUGCGAAGAAGAAGACUAUUAUCGUGUCGUUUCGGUAGGACAGCUCGGCUUGGGCUGUCGCUUGUAAUGCGAGCACAGUCACCGUAUGCAAGAAUCGUUUUUAAGUCAAAAACGGUACCUGGAUAGUAGGAAGCAAUUGUUCAACUAUUUUUCCUCUGGCUCCCCUUGCACGAUUUUUUUCAGCAGUUUUUGCCGUGCAGGAUAUUUUUUUGGAAAUUGCCCAACUCCUCCGCUCCAAAAAAAUAAUGGUCUAUCCCUAAGACCUUGCAAGAUUUGAUAGUUGACUUCGCCAGUGGCAUGACCUCUUGUACUAGAUUUUGCAAGACCUCUGUGCGGCAAAUUUACUGCCCAGUUCAGUACUUUAUAUCUGGUUAUAUAGUGACUCUUUGGAUAACCGACUCGGCCCCGCAUUCUUUUUUCAUGAUGUCUGCGUGUUUUCUACAAUCGAGUUCUUUAUGUCGGACUUUAUUCUGCGAACAGAAACGCCGCAUCGAAGUCAACCACUUUUAGAGCCGGCAGUUGAUUUGUAGCGCAUACAUACAUACAUACAUACAUACAUAUAUUUUUGAUGAGGCAGGUCUGCGUCUGGCAACCCAGGGGGCUGGUGUGGACCUGCCAUAAAAUAUAUACCUAAAAACUAAAAUCUAAAAUUAUUAAAAUACAUCCUUAGGAUUCAAAAGCU